AUGUCGGUCGAAUUCCCACCCAUCCCUGAGGGCCAGUUCGAGCUCUACGCCGAUCUCUACGCCAAAGAUGGCCGCGGCGACGACCUGGAGCGCUACCUCCGCGCGCUGAAGCGCCUGACCGAGUCCGAACCGGGCGUGCUCGAGUACGCCAUCGCCCGCGACGACGAGAACCCCAACCACUUCCACGUCUUUGAGCGGUACACGGGCCGCAAGGCGUUCGAGGCGCACGUGGCCGCCAAGGAGUUUGUCGACUUUGCCAACUCGGGCGCGCUGGCGCAGCCGCCCAAGCCCAAGUUUUUGCACGCGUUGAAGCCGUUGUGA